AUGGCGGAUACUGAGGACCAGACGCCCAUCGAAGAGACGCCGGCCGACGAUAUCGAAAUGGACGAGGGCGCCGACGCUGGUGCGGGCGCGGAUGAGGAGGCCAACCUCACCGAGCUCGAGCCGGAGACACCCAAGCUGGUGCUGUUCUCCGACUUGAUGAAGAGCCCGAUCAUCGAGAUCCUCGUCGGGUCCGGAGCUGAACAAACCACAUACUCUGCGCACGAAGCAGUCCUGGUCAAGUCCCCAGCGUUCGCGGCCAAAGUCGAACAGUUCGCAGCAGGAGGCCCCCGUCAGAUCACUAUGAGCGAUGUCGACGUGGAUGCCAUGGGCUCUGCCGUCGAAUACCUGUACACUGGCGAAUACUUCCCUAAGAAGACCUCUUCUGGUCGCGAUGCUCCUCUCGAGAAAGACCCGCGCCAGCCCACCCCCGACGACGACGGCCUCGGGCUUCUUGUGCACGCCCGCAUCUAUACCCUCGCCGACCGCCUCCAGCUCCCCAGCCUCAAGUCCCUUGCACACAGCAAGAUCCACCGCACCGCCUCGACCGCCAAGGGCGAGCUUGCCUAUGCCCGCUACGUCUACAAGGAGUCCAAUCCCGAAGACCACACCAUCCGCAAGCCUGUCGCUGCUUUCUGGGCAACGCGCUCCUUCAGCCUGCGCCACGAGGCAGAGCCAGAGUUCCGCGCCAUGUGUCUCGAGUUCCCGCAAUUCUCGUACGAUGUGCUGCAGUUGGUCCUUGAUAACCAGGAGAAGGGCAAGGGCCGCGGUGGCGAUGGCGAGAGCUCGCACAGGGGUCCGGCCGUCGUGCCUGGUAGCAGCAGGAAGAGGGCUAGAGUGAGUCAGGCUGCAUAG